AUGGCGGGUUUCAUGUCAAGAGGUUUCGACAAGGUGAAGACGUGGAUAGCAUGGUCGUGGACGUACCUAUGGGCUGUUUGGUUUGCCCUUGUCAUCUUCGUCGUUUACGUUCUGAGAGGCCCCCUUAAACUGAGCGAGAACUUUUCUUACGCUACCAUGUUUCUGAAUACUCUGACCCCAAAGUUUUACGUGGCUCUCACAGGAACGUCAUCAUUAAUAUCAGGCCUAAUAUUGAUAUUUGAAUGGUGGUAUUUCAAGAAGUAUGGCACAUCGUUCAUAGAACAGGUUUCCCUUAACCACAUAUCACCACUGCUGGGAAGUACGGAGAAUGGAGAUGCUAAUGCCAACAACAACAGUGCAGGAAACACGCAACAACAGUCUACUAUGCCAGAAUGUAAAGUAUGGCGGAACCCGCUGAGUCUGUUUAGGGGUUCUGAGUACCUACGGUUCCAUUGGGCCACGGGAAAAGAACCCCUAACGUAUUAUGAUAUGAAUUUAUCUGCACAAGAUCAUCAAACAUUCUUCACGUGUGACACAGAUGCUGGAAAGCAAGAAUAUGAGAUUAUGCAAAUGGCAUGGCGGGAACGAAAUCCACAGUCCAGAAUAAAGGCAGCACAUGAUGCGCUGGAGAAAAAUCAAGAGUGUAGCACAGCUAUGAUUUUACUGGCUGAAGAGGAAGCCAGUACAAUUUUAGAGGCUGAAAAACUUUUCAAGCAAGCCCUGAAAUGUGCAGAGUCGAACUACAAAAAAUCUCAACAGACACAGAACUCGAGUGCAUCCCACGAAGCAACUCAUAGAAGGGACACAAAUGUACUGGUAUAUAUAAAGCGUAGGAUAGCCAUGUGUGCUAGAAAACUAGGACGGGUCAGAGAGGCUGUGAAAAUGAUGAGAGAUUUGAUGAAGGAGUUUCCUAUGUUGAACCUGUUUAGCAUUCAUGAGAACCUUAUAGAGGCCUUGUUAGAACUGCAAGCUUAUGCUGAUGUACAGGCAGUACUGGCAAAAUACGAUGAUAUCACUUUACCCAAGUCUGCCACGAUCUGUUACACAGCAGCGCUACUCAAAGCCAGAGCAGUAGCAGACAAAUUUUCUCCAGAUAUAGCAUCAAAGCGUGGUCUUAGUACAGCAGAGAUGACAGCAGUAGAGGCCAUCCAUCGAGCUGUGGAGUUCAAUCCACAUGUACCGAAGUAUCUUCUAGAAAUGAAAAGCUUAAUCCUUCCAGCAGAGCACCUGUUGAAGCGAGGUGACAGUGAGGCUGUGGCCUAUGCCUUUUUCCAUCUGCCACACUGGAAGAGGGUAGAUGGGGCCCUCAACCUUCUUCACUGUACAUGGGAAGGCACAUUCAGGAUGAUUCCGUACCCCCUGGAGAAAGGGCACCUGUUCUAUCCAUACCCCACAUGUACAGAAAGUGCAGACCGAGAACUCUUACCAUCCUUCCAUGAAGUAUCCGUUUAUCCGAAGAAGGAGCUGCCAUUUUUUAUUUUAUUUACUGCUGGUCUCUGUUCGUUCACGGCACUGUUGGCUCUCUUGACUCAUCAGUAUCCAGAACCAAUGGGCUUUAUUGCCAAGACGGUUCUCAGUUGGGUGUACCUUCCCAUCAGCUACAUCUUAGAGAAGCUGGAGGCAAUUCUUCCAUCCAAUCUCCUUCACCAGCUGUCUCGAAUAUAAACACAGUAGCAGGACCUGCAAGACUGCCAAUAUCAUUAUUUAUUAUAAAGUGCUUGGUUUCAUUUUCCUUACCAUGAAUAGGAUUGUGUUUUCUGAGAUGACACCUUGUGGAUAAAUACUUUAUUCCAAAUUGCAAAUUUGGUUUUUUUUUAACUUUUGAAAAACUGGUUCAAAAAUUUUUCAGAUGCCUGUGGAAGAAUUUCUAAAACCUUUUUUCCCCAAAGCAGUUCAGUAGUAAGACAAGCAAAGUACAUUGUUCCAAAAGAAGCAAACUUGUGUCAGUUGAUCAAAGGUCUUGCAAUUUUAUUGACAUAUCUAAAGAGAUGAAUGGUUUUUGUUCAGAAAAGACCUUGAGUUGUGAUGUUGCCUUACUUUCUUUAUUGUGUUUUGGAAGCUAGAUUGGGCAAUGCGGUACGUCAGUAUGAAAGCAUUUAAUGAGUGAACAUGUAACAAAUCACACGUCAAAGGGGGAAGAUUUUCAUGUAAAAAUGUCUUAUACUUUUUCUCAUGGGAUGGCUAAAAAUCAAGUAAAGUUCUUCUGUGAUGGCUAGUAGAACAGGCAAUUUGUCGGAUUCUUUUGUCCUCAUCUGUGUCAAUAAUUUUUGAGACUAGAGCGUUUUGCUGAUCUUUUUGUACUUUCUCAAAAACAUCAGUUACUUGUUUAUCCCAUCAAGUAUUUUCAAUAAAUGUACACAAAACCAAUAUUACAAAAUUCUGGUCUUUGAAUCCCAAUCUGAAUUACAUAUUUGCCUGUUAUUAGUUUAGUAAGCAAGUAAUUCUGACUGCCUUGAAGGACUACCCCCUACCUUUGUAAUCUUUAUUGAUAGUAACAUACUAACUGUUUCAAUCUAUCUCUCUCAUAAUAAAAUUUUCAACCAAAUCCUACUUCAUGCUAAAAUUGAACCUUUUCCUUGAACUACAUUUUUUCACCAAAAGUCUCGUUAUUGAAUAAAAAAGAUUUGUUGAGCGUUGUAUAUAUCCUGUCAAUCUAUAGUUCAUGGACCUAACCUAUUCAGUACUGCAGUUUGCUGAAAAUAAGGAAUAUUGUUUUGGUGCAAAAGUGUGAUGUGUUAUUCUGAGCAUUCAGAACGAUCCGUUACUGCUGAUUCAAUUUUAUGUAUCUUCCAGACAUCCAUUUUUUUUUUUGAGAUUGACAUCAAAUUUGGUAAAUGGUAAUUUUAUUUCUGUUAAAAUAAUUUUUGGGAUAUUUGAUGUUGAAUUUAAGAUGAGACGCAAGUCGUAAAAGCACAUGCUGUGUACUUUAAGUCAUUGGGUAGAAUCUUUGAACUUGGGAAUAUUUGGGAAUAUUCAUGUUUGAUCUCUCUAUGUGAAGGCAACUACUUCUUGAUAGAGGUGAACUAAUGCAUUCUUGUGAAUGCUGUGUCCAGGCUGGAAGAUUACAAUUGAUGGUGAGACGUACUAUUUUGUUCAACAAUCGAGUAAUUGACAGUGUUCUGUGGACAAUAAAGUUUUGUUGAGUAUUAA